ACAGCUUGAAAGUGCGUUCAGUGACAGUGUGCGGGAGCCAGUGCAUGCAGCGCUAGGGUGCAGACACAGUGCGGUCCCAGGCUGGGUGCUAGUGCUUGCAGUGGCAGAGGGCAUUCAGUGCCUGCGCUCCCGGUGACAGCCCGCACAGAGGUAGGGUUUGACUUCCUCUUUUGGACAAGAAGACAUCUGUGUUAAAGAUUAAAGGCGUCGAGGAGCUGGAAGAUGCCUGGUGUUGUGAGUAAGAACCCAGAUCUGGAGUUUGACUCCUUGCAGCCUUGUUUUUACCCGGACGAGGAUGAUUUUUAUUUGUGUGGCCCGGACUCUGCUCCCCCAGGGGAAGACAUAUGGAAGAAGUUUGAGUUACUUCCCACUCCUCCUCUCUCGCCCAGUCGAGCUGGGCUGCAGAAUGACCCUCUGUCCCCCGGACAGUGGCCUUUGCUGGAUUAUGGGUUGUCUGCUGAAGGGAAUUCCUUGGACUGGGCAUCUGAGUUGCUUCUUUUGCCCCCCGAGACUGACCUUUUGGGGGGAUCUGGCUGGGGUUUGCUGCAGAACACAGAGCUUGGUUUGUCUCCCUGCAACUUGAAGUCCAUCAUCAUCCAGGACUGUAUGUGGAGCGGCUUCUCAGCCAGGGAAAAGCUGGAAAGGGCUGUAAGCGAGAAGUUGGGCAAAGCUGUAGAAGCCACCAACACCAGCCAGCCUGGGACCCUUACUGCCAGCAGCAUCACAGUGCGAGGGGAGGAUCUGAACAACCCUGCAACUCACUGUGUUGACCCAGCAGUGGUGUUUCCAUUCCCAGUCAACAAGGGGGAGAAUUGCAGAGGUGUCCAAGCUGGUGCCUCCAGCAGUGUCUCUCCCUCUUCAUCUGUACCUUCUGCUGCACCAAGCAAGAGCAACGCUCAUUCCUGCAUGACCAGCUCCAGCUCUGGAUGUGACAGCCACAGUGAAUCAGAUGAUGAAGAAGACGAUGACGAAGAAGAAGAAGAAGAAGAAGAGGAGGAGGAGGAAGAAAUUGAUGUUGUAACAGUGGAGAAAAGGCGGACUUCCUCCAAGUCUGUUACAUCGCUUACAAUCACUGUACGCUCCAAGAACAUCAAUUUGGCUCAAGGAAAGGCCACACAAAGUGAUUUGAUUCUCAAGAGAUGUGCCCCUGUUCAUCAGCAACACAACUACGCAGCUCCUUCCCCAUACGUGGAAACUGAGGAAGUGGUCCCUCCCCCAAAAAAGCAAAAAAAUGAGGUGCCUCGUGUUGUUAAGAGCAUUAUGCCACCGAAGUCGAAAAGCUCUAGCCCACGCAACUACGACUCGGAAGACAGCGAGAGAAGACGGAACCACAACAUUCUAGAACGCCAGCGCCGCAAUGAUCUGAGAUCCAGCUUCCUCACGCUAAGGGACCACGUACCAGAACUUGCUAAAAAUGACAAAGCCGCUAAAGUAGUAAUCCUGAAAAAAGCCACUGAAUACGUCCAUUCCCUUCAGGCCGAUGAGCAAAAACUCUUGCAAGAAAAAGAAAAACUGCAACUCAGACAGCAACAGUUGCUUAAAAAAUUGGAACAUGCAAGGACUUGCUAACUGUCUUUCUCCCCUCCUGAACUCUCACUGCCACUUUGCACUUUUUUUUUUCUUUAUACAACAAAAGCGUUUUGACGUUUCUGAAUGUUUGGUUUUAUUUCAAUCCAGUUCACUCUACAGUUGAAAAUACAUUUUUAUAUGGAAUUUUUGUAAACAGCUGGAUGACUUUGAGGUGUUUUUGAAUAGACUGCCAAAUUAUUUACUGUAUUUUUUAUUUUUAUUAU